AGGCUCAGUGGGACGAUUUCCCUCAGAGCGGAGAGAGCGAGAGCGCGGUGGGCACGGAGUGGGGCUGUCUCCGCAUUGACACCCGUGUCUUCCUCGCCCCUCGGCUGGAGCCGGCGAGGGGAAUAUGCGGGGCAAAGAGUGAGAAGAGGGCUGAGCGAGGAGACCUGUUCCUCUUCGGGGAGGCGUCCAGGGAAGUGAAUUGACUUGAUUCUGCAUAUUUUUAAGUAACACCUAUUCAACUGGUUUGGAAGAUUAAACAUCCAUAUAAAUGCAGUAUUUUAAUGUAAAAGAAGACUGUAAAGCUAUGGCUUUCUGUGCAAAAAUGAGAAGUAGCAAAAGAAAUGAGGUCUACAUAGAGAAUCAAGAACAAGGACUGGAAUUGGCAUUCUAUUUGCAAGAGAAGCCUUCUCUUUCAUAUACAUCUGGAAAGUACACAGCAGAAGAACUUUGCAUUGAAGCUGCCCAGAAAUGCUCUAUAUCUCCAUUGUGCCAUAACCUGUAUGCUCUCUUUGAUGAAAGCAGAAACCUAUGGUAUGCGCCAAAUCAUGUCUUCCAAAUAGAUGACAAAACUGCACUCCGGGUUCAUUAUCGUAUGAGGUUUUAUUUUUCUAAUUGGCAUGGGACAAAUGAAAAUGAGCCCCCUGUCUGGAGACAUUCUUCAAAGAAAUCAAAGAAUUAUGAAAAGAAACUAGUGCAAGAAGGAACACCCCUCCUUGAUGCAUUUUCACUAGAAUAUCUUUUUGCACAGGGACAGAAUGAUUUGGUGAGAUGUUUUGCACCUGUUCGGGACUCAAAAAAUGAUCAAGAGACUCAGGAAAUUCAAAACGAAUGUCUGGGCAUGGCUGUUCUUGCUAUCACCCACUAUGCAAUUAAAAAAAACUUGAAGUUGCCAGAACUUCUCAGAGACAUCAGCUACAAACGUUAUAUUCCUGAAAGUCUGAACAAAACCAUCAAACAGAAAAACCUUUUAACGAGAAUACGGAUCAACAAUGUUUUCAAAGACUUCCUAAAGGAAUUUAACAAAAGGACAAUUUGUGACAGCAGUGUUUCCCCACAUGAUCUGAAAGUGAAGUACUUGUCAACCAUGGAGACGUUAACGAAACAUUAUGGAGCAGAAUUAUUUGAGACCACUUCAUUGUUAAUUUCAUCAGAGAAUGAGAAGACUUUUAACAUGGAUGAUUGUAACAUCAUCCCAUAUUAUGAAGUGAUAGUAACAGGCAAUCAAGGAAUCCAGUGGCGUGUAAAGCCGUAUGGAAGUAUGAUACCAGUUACUCAGACAGAGAAAGAAAAACAUAAAACAAAGAGAAAAAAAUCAGACGGCAAAGUUAAGAAAAAUGAAGAAAAAACUAAGAGGGAAGACUGGAACAAUUUUUCUUACUUUCCUGAAAUCACUCACCUUGUGAUCAAGGAGUCCACAGUUUCUGUCUAUAAACAAGAUAAUAAAAGGAUGGAGCUUAAACUGUCUUCACACGGCGAAGCGUUGUCAUUUGCUGCUUUGGUAGAUGGUUAUUUCAGACUUACUACAGAUGCCCACCACUAUCUCUGUACAGAUGUUGCACCGCCCCUCAUAGAACACAACAUUAAAAAUGGCUGCCAUGGACCCAUCUGCACAGAUUAUGCUAUCAGCAAGUUAAAGCAAGAAGGUAAUGAGGAAGGCAUGUAUGUCCUGAGAUGGAGCUGUACAGACUUCAACAACAUCCUCUUAACUGUGAUAUGUACAGAAGGCUCACAGUUUUUAAAUCCACUCAAACAGUACAAGAACUUCCAGAUUGAAAUGAAGAAAGAUGGCUGUCUCUUACAUGGAUCUGAUAAGUUUUUUUCAUCUUUGAAAGAACUGAUGGACCACUUAAAAGGGCAGAUCCUUCGAACAGAUAAUAUAGAAUUCACACUCAAGCGAUGUUGUCAGCCAAAGCCAAAAGAAAUCUCCAAUUUGCUGGUGGCUACCAAACUGUCGCAAGAAUGUAAGCCGGUCUAUCCUUUAAGUCAGUUGAGCUUCCAUCAAAUCCGUAAAGAAGAAAUAAUACAAGGUGAGCAUCUUGGAAGAGGAACAAAAACACAGAUUUACUCUGGGAUUCUAAACUAUAAGGACGAUGAAAGUUAUCAGAGUGAAAAGGAAAUUAAAGUUCUCCUUAAAGUCUUGGAUCCCAACCACAGAGACAUUUCUUUAGCAUUUUUUGAGACAGCAAGCAUGAUGAGACAGAUUUCCCACAAACACAUCGUCCUUCUUCACGGAAUUUGUGUCCGUGAUGUAGAAAACAUUAUGGUCGAGGAGUAUGUUGAAUUUGGACCUCUGGAUCUCUUCAUGCGCCGCAAGAGUGUUUUGCUAACGACACCUUGGAAAUUCAAAGUAGCAAAACAGUUGGCAAGUGCAUUAAGCUAUCUCGAGGACAAAGAUUUGGUACAUGGGAAUGUGUGCACCAAAAAUAUAUUAUUGGCCAGAGAAGGAAUUGAUAAUGAAUAUGGACCUUUCAUAAAAUUAAGUGACCCAGGAAUUCCUGUUACGGUGCUUUCUAAACAAGAAUGUGUUGAGCGCAUCCCUUGGCUUGCACCUGAAUGUGUUGAAGACUCCAAAAAUUUGAGUGUGGCAGCAGAUAAAUGGAGUUUUGGUACAACAUUGUGGGAGAUUUGUUACAAUGGAGAAAUGCCACUUAAAGACAAGACAUUAGCAGAGAAGGAAAGGUUUUAUGAAGGACGUUUCACACUUAGAACGCCAUCUUGCAAGGAGCUGGCUGAUCUGAUGAAGCAGUGCAUGCACUACGAUCCUAACCAGAGACCCUUCUUUAGAGCAAUUAUGCGAGAUAUCAACAAACUGGAAGAGCAAAAUCCUGAAAUUGUCUCAGAGAAGAGGCCCAAUGAUGAUGUUGACCCUACCGUUUUUGAAAAACGCUUUCUGAAGAGGAUUCGUGACUUAGGCGAGGGCCAUUUUGGCAAAGUCGAACUCUGCAGAUAUGAUCCUGAAGGCGAUAACACCGGAGAGCAAGUGGCAGUGAAGUCCCUAAAGCCCGACUGUGGUGGGAACCAUAUCGCAGACCUGAAGAAAGAAAUUGAAAUUCUUCGAAAUCUUUACCAUGAAAACAUUGUAAAAUACAAAGGGAUCUGCACAGAAGACGGUGGAAAUGGAAUUAAACUCAUCAUGGAAUUCCUUCCUUCUGGAAGCCUAAAAGAGUAUCUUCCCCGAAACAAGAAUAAGAUCUGCUUGAAACAGCAACUGAAAUAUGCUGUACAAAUCUGUAAGGGAAUGGAUUAUUUGGGAUCUCGCCAAUAUGUUCAUCGAGACUUGGCCGCACGAAAUGUUCUCGUUGAAAAUGAGCAGAGAGUAAAGAUUGGGGACUUUGGACUGACCAAGACUAUUGAGACUGAUAAGGAGUACUACAAAGUCAAUGAUGAUCGGGACAGCCCUGUGUUCUGGUAUGCUCCAGAAUGCUUGCUGCAGAGCAAAUUCUAUAUUGCUUCAGAUGUUUGGUCUUUUGGAGUGACCCUCUAUGAACUAUUGACAUAUUGUGACUCUGAUUGCAGUCCAAUGGCAGAAUUCUUAAAGAUGAUUGGGCCAACCCAAGGUCAGAUGACAGUCACGCGGCUUGUGCGUAUAUUAGGAGAAGGAAAGCGUUUGCCAUGUCCCAAAAGUUGCCCUGAAGAGGUUAAUCAACUGAUGAGGAGAUGCUGGGUGCAUGACCCUGGCGAGAGGACAACGUUCCACAAUCUGAUUCAAGGAUUUGAAGGAUUUAUGAAGAAGAUGUAAUCCAAGAUUUUUAUACUAUUCACUGUCAAAUAUUUGAGGUCUUUUAUUACCCGUUGUAAUUUUGUACUUUGGUAACACUGUGUUUAAAGGCACUUUCUUUUCUCUUAAGUGUUCCUCUUCCAGUAGGAGCCAAGAAGUACACAGAAAUCAUGGUUUGACACUUCUCUGGUCAAUAUUUUAUUCUCACAAUGGUCAAGGCCCUACUUCUUAGAGAUGUGACUGAAGAUUCUAGUCAGCAUUCUGCUAUUUCUGACAGUCUAAAUUAUUUGAGAACUGUGGCCUUAAAACACAAAUUUUAGUCAUUUGUCUGUGCACAAUUUCAAUUAUGUUGUAUUCAAACAAAACAUACCAGAAGAAACAGUUUCAUGACUCAGUGAGUAAAAAAAAAGUAUGUUAAUAGUAGUUCUUUCAUAAAGAUACAAGAUAUCCUCAAAAUGUAUAUAUCCUAAAGAGCCUAUAAUUAUGUUUUUAAAAAAAUCAAAAAUAUGUACACUCUUAGCAGAAUUAAAGAUUACAGUAGCAAAGAAGUAAUCUUUAAGUGGGAUUUGUGAUUGUGCUUUGACAAUGCAGCAGGGAUAAAAAAACUAACACCUUACAUAAAAUUGUAAUUGAAGAUGGAAUUUGUAAUUCUGAUUAAAUCAUCAUUAUAACAUUGAUAGUUGUGAAUAGUUGUUAAAGCAGGUGUGGACAAACUUCAGUCCUCCAGGUGUUAGGAGUUGUGGAAGUCCAAAACACCUGGAAGACAAAAGUUUCCCCAUGUCUGCUUUAAAGUGAGUAUUGUGCAAAAAUAUUAGAUCACUUUUUAAUUGGGAUCCUAAAAAGCCAUAUAACUACUUGGGUAUAACUAUUAGGGGUGUGCAAAAUUUCAUCUUUAAUUCAUUUUUCGGAUCAAAUCAUUAGAUUUGUGCAUAUGAAUUGAUGUUAGAAACAUGCAGGAAAGGUGUGUGUUUGUGGGGGGCAGGAUUAAGAAUCAAAACACUCACCAAUCAUUUUCGUUAAGAUUUUGUAACAUUCGGAUGCCUCCCAAGGUCACUUGGGAGAAUAAGCAUUAAGCAACUUUGGUAAAGCCAAGAGAACAAAAAGCAUUUUAAAAACCAGUCCUUUUUCUUUGGCCUGAUUGUCGCCAUAAGCAAAGGUACUUGGGCGGGACUAGCAAAAUUAAUGGGCAGGAGAUUGAGAACACGUCAUUCUUAAAAAUGUAGUUUGGGAAGGCAAGGCCUCCUGUGGCAGAGAAUGCAAACGCCCCUGCCCUAAGCUACAUUUCCCAGAAUGCAAUGCUCAGCAUCAGAAAGUCCCAAUGGGUGGCACCAUCUGUUUAGAGUCAGUCUAAUAAUAAUAAAUAAAAUUAUUGAAUUUGCAAAGAGAACUAAAGUAAAUAAUAGUAUAAACCUGUGCUAAGUUGAAAUUAUGUAGUUCAGUGUCAUAAAGAUGACAAACAUUCAAGGGCAUUGCUGUUGUCGCUUUUGUGGGGGAUAAAUUAUUUUUGUCAAAACUUUAAAAUCCCCAAAAAUCUGUAGAUGUGUGAAUCUUUCUGAAGCUUCUGGGGAUUCGUGCUCUAGUUAUCUUUUGCAUUGUAUAUAAAAAUUCAAGUAGAUAGCUCUUGUAGGUUUUUUUUAAAAAAUGUUGUUUAUAAAAAAUUUGAAAAUUCCCCAAAAAUCUGUGGAUAAAUGAAACAUUCUGAAAUUUGGCAGGCUAACAGUGGUCAAUGUGUUCUACAUUGUAGCAAAUUUCACUCCAACAGCUUUAAAAAUGAGAGAAAGCCCCUGAAGGUGUUCCCAAUUAUAGUAAUUAUGUGCAAUUACUAUAACAAAAUAGUAACGAAAUUUUGUUACUCUCGUUAUAGUAACAAUUUUGUUUCUUAACAAUACUUUAGAAACACUUUAGAAAUGAAGUGGCAGUGUCCCCCAGUUUUUUAAUGCCUUUUGAACCAUUUUUUAAAUGGAUCGCACAUCCCUAAUAACAAUACAUCCAAAGGGUUUAAAGAGCUAUUGUGUCUUAAACAUCAGUGAUUUCAUGUCUGUGAGCAAAUACCUGUUGUACCUGCCUUAAACAUUCAGAAGCACUUUCUAUUACAGUAUAUAUGACAUGUUCAAAACAACUUCAAGGACAAAAAAAACCCUUUCAAAGUCACCACUGAGCAUGCUCAUAUUUUGGAUUGCUGCUUCUGUUCAUACAUAUGUUGCAUUUAUAAACUUUUGCUAGUAUUUUUUAUACCAAUGCUGUCCCCUCAGAUGGGAAGUUUAUAUUGUAUUGCCUGAUCUUCAAUAAGAGUGCUCAUUUAUUUAUUCAAAAGGAGUAAUUCUAUCAUUUAAAGAGUUGCCUGAUAAAUGUGUUACAGGACAGAGUGGAAGUGUUAGGGUUACUCUUGCAGGGGGAGAGGUCAGUCCAUGGAAAGUGUGCCCUAAGGAAAGUGCACCUAAUGUUCAUUAGAGAUGUUUCUUGACUGAAUGCUGAAAUAAUUAUGAGACUCGGAAGUAACAUUUUAAUAUAUACACCUUGUAGGCAUCCAAAGGUGGUCACAAGACAUGAGAACAAAACUGCAUUUGUGGAAAAGUGCACUUAGUAAUCUGUAAAAGGAAUAUGUUGAUCCUUGUGCGUGACAACAUGGGGGCUGUUAUAUUUAUCAGACUAAAGAUAAAAAGAAAGUUAUAAGGAUGAAUUGUUUUUGGAAGCCAUAAUCUCUGGUCUAGCAAGAUGGAUGUGUCUAGGUGCAAAUAGGUUUCAUUGUGGAUUCCAGCAAAUACUGCAAGAAGUUGCAAGAGAGAAUAGACCAUAGUGAUAGAAGCUGUGAACACAUUAUCCUACCAUAAAGAAGUUCCUAUUUUUAAAAAAUCUCAAUUGGGACCAUUAAUAAAGGAGUCACUUUACUUUGCCAUGCCCUUCUGUAAAUGUACUGCACCUUUUACUGGUGAAAUAGUAAAAUGGGCUUAGUUUAUAACUGUUGUUCUUUAGAUAAUGAUGUUCUUUUUUAAAGUCAAAUAUUGCAUUUGAGGAAUUGCAAUAAUGUAAAAUUUAAUCAAGCAUCAAAUUAGAAUUGAAUCAAGCUAGAGCCAUUUUUUUAAUAUUGCCUGUUUCUGCUGUAUAUGCACUUUGUUAUUCUUUAUUAAAAAAUAAAGCUUUUAAUCCAUGUA